CUACUUGACAUUUGACAAAGACAGUUGAUGUCAAUUUCCUCUCAGUCUUUCUGUUUAUUUGUGCGAAAUGGGUAUUAGCCGAGAUCAUUGGCAUAAACGAAGGGCCACCGGAGGCAAGAGGAAGCCUCUUCGUAAGAAGAGGAAGUUCGAAUUAGGUCGCCCGGCGGCUAACACCAAACUAGGAACCAGAAGGAUCCACUAUGUUCGUACAAGGGGUGGCAACUUGAAGUACCGCGCCCUAAGAUUAGACACCGGAAACUUCUCUUGGGGAAGCGAAGGAACUGCCCGUCAAACGCGUAUUAUCGAUGUCGUUUACAACGCUAGUAAUAACGAAUUGGUCCGUACCAAGACAUUGGUAAAGAAUGCUAUUGUCGUCGUUGACGCUACCCCGUUCAGGCAAUGGUACGAAAACCACUACAUCUUACCAUUGGGACGCAAGAAGGGUGCCAAAAUGACGCCCGAAGAGGAGGAGAUAUUCAAUAAGAAACGUAGCAAAAAAGUACAGAAGAAGUACGAAACUAGGCAAAAAACCGCUAAAGUAGAGCCUGCGAUUGAAGAACAGUUCCACACCGGAAGAUUGUUGGCAUGCCUAGCAUCUAGACCUGGACAAUGCGGCAGGGCCGACGGUUAUGUCCUCGAAGGAAAGGAACUUGAAUUCUACAUGCGUAAAAUUAAGUCUAAGAAAGCUAAAUAAAAUGUUUUUAUAGUGUGACCAAUAAAAGUUAACACGAACGUUUCUAAA